AUGUCUAGUGGAGAAAAAACUGGCACCAACUUAAAAGAGGUUUUAUCUACAUUGGAAAAAUUUGCGCCCAAACAUCUAUCUGAAAGCUGGGACAACACGGGAUUGUUAGUUGAGCCGUACACACCGAGGAACAUCGCCAAGAUAUUGUUAACAAAUGACUUGACUGAAGACGUCGCCCUAGAAGCUAAAGAACAUGGCUGUGAAAUGAUUAUUUCAUAUCACCCCCCUAUAUUUGCGCCGUUGAAGAGCGUAGUUCAAAGUUCAUGGAAGGAAAGAAUCGUGUCACUGCUCUUGGAGUCACGGAUUUAUUUGUAUUCACCACAUACGAGUUGGGACUCUGUUAAGGGCGGCGUGAAUGACUGGCUGGCGUCAGCUUUUCCCUUUACUGAAUCAGUCCCGAUAACACCUGGUGAAGAUCUUAGUACAGGAGCUGGACGGAUUUUACGUAUCGAAUCUAAUUUUAAUCUCUCUCAAGCUGUAGAAAAUGUAAAAGGUUUAACUGGCUUGAAACACGUGCGAUUGGCUCUCGGUAAAGGUCGAGCAAUGGAUGAUAAUGUGAAAAGUGUAGCACUCUGUGCUGGCUCCGGGGUAUCAGUUCUGAAAAAAGUUAAUAAUGCUGAUCUUUUCUUAACAGGUGAAAUGCUCCACCAUGACAUUCUUGACGCUGCGCAAAGAGGUAUAUCAGUAAUACUUACCAAUCAUUCAGAUUCUGAACGUGGAUUCUUACGAGGUUUUUCAUCUCACCUUCAAAGGGAGUUUGACAAUCAAGUUCAAGUUUUAGUAAGCGAAUUCGAUAAAGAUCCCUUAACAACAGUG